CGACAGUGGCUACUUUUCCCUAACAAGCACCGCCUUCAACAACGUUCAAAAAACAGCUUCUUUUUGUUAUUGCUCGCUUUUAUUUCUUGUGCCGUGUGCCUGCCCCCACCUGCUCUCCACUGCAUGCAAUGUAAAAUCAUCACAAAUCUCUCUCUCUCUCUCUCGCUGAAAACGCUCCCAGUCCCCUCUCACUUUCGUAUAUUUUUCAGGUAAAAUUUAUGUUUCAGAAACCUAUGUUCCUUGGAUCCCUAACUGCGUAGUCUGGGAAAACUGUAUUUGGGGAGCCAGCAACUUACUUAAGAUAGUUCUGGUGAUGUAUAAUGUUUAAAAGUGGUGCUUCAUCCAUUAAGCGCUUUCAAAUUCAACCAGAAGGUUGUCUUAGGGGGACUGCAUGGUAUUCAAAACAUUUCUCAGCUAGUUCCUAUAACGUCAGGCUAUUCUGAGAUAUUAUGAUAGAUGAUUAUAAGUGCCUUUGAAAUUAGAAUGACUUUUAAGUUUCUUCUUCGGUUCUUUGGCAAGUGGAUUAUUACAUCUUAUCAUAACCUGUGGUUAUCCAUCAAGCAGCUUAAAUUUUAUGAACUUUGAUGCAAAAUUCAUUUUAGCUUAGGAAAGGGUGGGUUGUGAUUUAUGUACUUUGAAAUGGAAAGGUUUUUUAUACUUUUUAACUGUGCUAGGCAAAAGCAAGGCAGGCAUCCUGUGUGGAUUGCCUGUUCAGACCUCCUAGUUCCCUGUUGGAAUAAGUUGACCUGGAUUACCGUUUGACUCUUUGUUAGGCAAUCAUCUUUGGCAGAUGAUAUUCCUUAAUUCUUACUUUGAUGAACAAAUGCCACCCUGCUAUCAUUGUACUUGUUCAUAGUUUGGUGUUUUGUGAGUACCAUGACGGGCCUUCAAAUCUGUACAACUUCCAUAAAAUAAAAAUAUAAAAUACCUGUACAAAGAAAUAUUAUAUCAUUCAAAUGGGAACUUGAGGGUAUCAAUUGUGGAUUGGAUCCAGAAACUUUGAAGUUGACCUUUUUAUCUUUUUGUGCUCCUAUUAUGUCUUUUUGUCUGAUCAUCAUAUUUUUCAUGGUUUUAUAGGUGUUUUAUCGUCAAUUGUCUCAAAAAUUUAAACCGAUAUAAAGGAGUAUAAUUAUUUAAUGAAUUAAUUUCCCUUCUUUCUUUCGUAUUUUGUCCCUCCCUUUACAGAAGCUUAAAGUCUUCACAUUUAUUCCUGUGACAUUAUUUUUAAUUUUUCUUUUCUUUAUAUAUUUGCUCAGUUAUAGUUCUUCAACCUUUUUUAAUUUCAUAUUCAUGUACUAACCUUUUAAUUUGCCUCAGAUCAGUGAAAGAUGCCAGAAAUUCAUUUGGGUGUACACACUAUAAGAUCACAUGGAGUUACAGUGGCAAGAAUGCAUGUGCAUGACUGGCUAAUUCUUGGCCUUCUUGUGGUGCUAGACAUCAUUUUGAACCUUAUAGAACCAUUUCACCGUUAUGUUGGAGAGGGGAUGAUGACUGACCUCAGAUACCCUUUGACAGACAAUACUGUUCCUUUUUGGGCUGUUCCAAUUAUCGGGAUAUUGUUGCCUUUUGCUGUCAUUCUCAUCUACUACUUCAUCAGAAGGGAUGUUUUUGAUCUGCACCAAGCCAUAUUGGGUCUUCUAUUUUCUAUACUGAUCACUGCAGUUAUAACUGAUGCGAUCAAAGAUGGUGUUGGUCGUCCACGUCCAGACUUCUUUUGGCGUUGUUUCCCUGAUGGCAAAGCGGUAUUUGAGCAGGUCACAAGGAAUGUUAUGUGUACCGGAGAUAAGAGUGUCAUUAAGGAAGGACACAAAAGUUUCCCAAGUGGGCAUACAUCUUGGUCCUUUGCAGGUCUUGGCUUUCUUGCUUGGUAUCUGUCAGGGAAAAUCAGGGUAUUUGAUCGUGGGGGCCAUGUUGCAAAGCUAUGUAUUGUUUUCUUGCCAAUACUAACUGCUUCUCUAGUUGGUAUUUCUCGAGUUGAUGACUAUUGGCAUCACUGGCAAGAUGUAUUUGCUGGAGGUCUUAUAGGGAUGACAGUUGCUUCAUUUUGUUACUUACAAUUCUUUCCACCCCCAUAUGACAUAGAUGGUUGGGGACCUCAUGCGUAUUUCCAGAUGUUGGCAGACUCUCGAAAUGACAUUCAGUCCGCAAUAACCAACACAAAUAAUCGCAAUGUGCAGCAAUCAGAGCUUGGAAGUGUAUACAUGCGACCUCAACACAUCGUUGAAAUAUCAGGAGUCAAUACCGCGGACUCAAGCCCCAUGCUUGAUGCAUUGGAAAGUGGGAGGAGAUUCUGAUCACUUUUAGGCUUGGAUUGCAAAUAGCUUGACGCUACCAGACGUGUCCAUAUUUCUUCAAGAUAAUAUUAGGAUGAAAAUUUCAUCUGUGCAUAUACCUGACCUCGAACAUUUAACAUGGAACCAACAAAAACCAUCAUCCCUCAUUAGAUCGGUUGAUUUCAAGACUGCUCAGCUGUUUCUGUGGUUCUUGUUUUGACGACGUACAGAUGAUUGAUCUUAGCAAAUUUCCUGGCAUUCUACUGGAACAUAAUCGUAUUCUUACCCAUGAAAUUAGGGUUUUGGGAGUUGAUUAAACUGGAUUUCCAAUCAUGAUUUCGAAACUGAUGAUGUUAUCGGUUUAACAUGGCUUUUUCCAUGAGAUUCUGUUGACACAGAUACAUGUUUAUGGUAUGUACGACUAGCUCUGAUAACAUCAUGCCCCCAAUCAAUAUAAAGAAUAUAACACUCUCAGCAA